AUGAACGGGAUCUUCCGGGACAUGCUGGAUAAAAAAGUCAUCGUGUACCUGGACGACAUUUUGGUGUACAGCGCGACAAAGGAAGACCAUUUGCGGGACUUAGAGGAAGUGUUCCGCCGUUUACAGGGGCAUCGGCUGAUUACGAAGGGGUCUAAGUGCGAGUUCCUAAAACCGGAGUUGGAGUUUUUAGGGCACGUGGUUUCCGGCGAAGAGAUAAAAAUCGACCCGCAUAAGGUGGACGCCAUCCUUAAGUGGAAGCCGCCUACUAAUAUCCCUGAGUUGCAAAGUUUUUUGGGGUUUGUUAACUACGUUCGUCGUUUUGUACCUAAUAUGGCAGGGAUAACCAAGCCGCUGACCGACCUGCUGCAUCACGACAGUCAUUUUCUGUGGGGGGAGGGGGAGCAGUCCGCCUUUGACGCGCUCAAAAACAUUUUGGGUUCGCCCCCAGUACUCCGCCUCACCGACCCAUCUCGACCGUUCGAAGUCAUCACGGACGCCAGCGAUUUCGCCGUCGGCGCCGUCCUGCUACAGGACUUCGGCAACGGGCUGCAACCCAUCGCCUACGAAUCACGCAAGAUGCAGCCACCCGAGCGCAACUACCCAGUCCACGACAAAGAGAUGCUGGCCAUCGUCCACGCAUUUCGUACCUGGCGCUGCUACCUCACGGGAGCCGACGUGACCAUUCGGACCGACCACAAAUCGCUACAGUACAUGCGCACGCAACCGACACUCAACCCGCGACAAAUCCGGUGGUUGGACUUCCUCGAGUCCAAUUUUCGGUACACCAUCACGUACAAGAAAGGCGCCAACAACAUCGCCGACGCCCUCACCCGACCAUCCAUGCAAAACGCGGCGGUACUAAUCGCCCACACCAACCCGAUGCUGACGGGACUAUUCACCCACGGCUACAAGAUCGACAGGUUUUUUCGAAAUCCGCACCAACAGGCUGCCACGCCACACGGCAAGUACUACCUAAAAGACGGUACGAACCGGAUUUGGGUACCCGCCUACCAGCCUUUACGGGAGUUGCUGACGCAGGAGGUAUACGACUCCAACUUCUCCGGGCAUUUCGGCACCGACAAAACACUGAAGCUGCUACAGCGAAAUUAUUUCUGGCUGGACAUGCUCACCGAUGUGCAGCGCUACGUGUCAACUUGCCCGACCUGCCAAGCAAUGAAGUCGUCGCGACAAAGGCCAGCCGGACUGCUGCAACCCCUCGAGCCACCCGAACGACCGUGGCAACAGGUGACGAUGGAUUUCGUCACGGGGCUUCCAGCUGGCGCGAGCGGCAACGACUCGGUCAUGGUCGUCGUCGAUCGCCUGGCGAAAAUGGCGCAUUUCACACCAUGCCGAACGACGAUCACAGCCGAAGAUACAGCGAAACUAUUUAUCUCCACCGUCAUACGCCUACACGAGUUACCAUCGGCGAUCAUUAGCGAUCGGGAUCCGAAAUUUACAUCGAAGUUCUGGCAGGAGACGUGGGCACAGUACGGUACCCGCCUGCAGUUUUCGUCGUCAUACCACCCGCAAACCGACGGACAGACGGAACGGACAAAUCAGACCAUGGAGCAACUGAUUCGCACCAACUGCCCGGACAUUCGCAAGUGGGAGGAUUCGCUGCCGAUGCUGGAAUUCGCGUACAACAACGCCCCUUCGGCCACGACUAAACAAUCACCCUUCUACCUGAAUUACGGUAUAGACCCCGUGGUACCCUCUGUCAAACAUUGCAUGUUUAUAUUAUGUAGGCUGUAG